UACCCUCUUCUGUUUCGUGUAGCUAUGGACGUUUUGCCUAUCCAAGCGUCCUCAGUCCCAUGCGAGCGUGUCUUCUCAUCGAGCAAGGCCACUGCUACUGACACCCGGAACAACCUGGAUCCAAUCACUAUGGAGAAACUUCAAAUUCUCAAGUUCUCAUUGCGGAAUCAG